AUGUGGGGUGUCAAGAGCAGAAAAAUUGCCCUUUGGACCAAUCGAGACCGGGUAUGCGGAAGUGUAUGCGGUGAUCUAUUCGAAAAUCUGGAAUGCGAGGACGUACGCGUGCAAGCUGAUCUGCUCACUCAAACACGAUUGAUCUCGCAACCAACUGCCUCGUCAGCAUCUAGCUCGAAAAAAGUCAUACAAGCCUCAAACCGUCUCUAUGACAUUCAAUCACUAGAGAACGAUGGUUCAAAUUUUCAAGACUGGAAAUUUAGAGCUAAGAAAGUACUUAUUGUACGACGUCUUUGGGGAAUUGUCACUGGCACAGAAGCCCAGCCCCGGAUGCAGUACAAGGCUGGCUAGAGAAGAACGAAGAGGCGCAUGCGCAGAUCACGCUCACGCUCAAGGAUGAACCUUUAAACGGAGUCCUACACACGAUGUUAGCGUCGGAUGCCUGGAUGAAAUUGUGCGAGCGAUACGAAGGGAAAGGGAAGCAGAGUAUAGCCUACCUUAUUGGCGAAUUAUUCCGCGGAACACUUUCGGAUGAAUCUCCUAUGGAACCAAAGCUCAAUGCAAUGCGACAGAAGGCCCAAGUGUUGAACUCGGACAGGCCCUUGAUGACUCCUAGUGGCCAUCACUAUAGUCAUAUCACUCCCUACUUCUUACUCGACUCUCCAAAUGUCCACGAGCGAAAAGAUCACAACCGAAGGCACGAUUAGCCAGAUCCUGGUCGAAGAAAAGUCUCGGCGAGCUCCAGACUCGCAAACGGCCCUCGUAGCUAAGGACAAUUCAGAACUUCAUGGACUUCGG